AGUGAAACAUUUCAACCUGAUUCUUCGUCCUCAUCGAUAAAUAGUAUCUCGGAUAACCAACUCCACCGCGUGCUAUAUUCACGUCCAUUUGAGCCGCAGCCCUCUAAAAAAGAGCCGACGCUACCCCAAGAGUUUGAAUUAAUGACUAGGCACAGAGCUCAUGAACGUGCAGCUUUUGAUAUCCGAGUAUCAACUAUUAAUAGUCAAAAGGAAGCUGAGGUAAAGGCAGUUUCCUUGAUUAAAGGAAAGGAAGAAGCAAAACUUCUGAGAAUAAAGCGCAAUGCAUCUGUCCACCGACCAGAACCUAUAAGAAAGUACAAGAACGUCGACAUAUCCGGAACAAAGCCUCCACUCACAAAGCCCAAAUCACCCAACUUUGUAAAGCGCCCAGUUCACAAGGGAUCCAGUACUUGUGUCUGA